AGUCUCUGCGGCGGCGCGGGGCGGGGCAUGGCGGCGACGAUGUGCGGCAGCGGAGUGGCGCUGGGUUAAAUAUAUUUGUAGAAAAGAAAAUUUGGUAGAACAACUGGAUAUCCUUAUGACACAAUGGAUUCCACAGUGGAAAACAAUAUGUACAUAAACAAAAUAUGGGUUCAGUGUGAGAAUGAAAAUUGUUUGAAAUGGAGAUUGUUGUCAAGUGAAGAUGCAGCCAAAGUUGAUCACAAUGAGCCGUGGUACUGCUUUAUGAAUGCUGACUCGAGAUACAAUAAAUGCUCUAUUUCUGAAGAAGACUUUCCUGAAGAGUCCCAACUUUAUGAAAGUGGAUUUAAGAUUGUCUAUUCACAACUCCCUCUCGGAAGCUUGGUUUUGGUAAAAUUACAGAGUUGGCCAAGGUGGCCAGGGAUACUUUCUCCUGAUCCUUUUAAAAUGAAAUAUGUAACCUAUGACUCAGAUGGCAAUGUUGAACAGUAUCAUGUAGAAUUCCUGGGAAAUCCGCAUUCAAGAUCAUGGAUAAAUGCAUCAUUUGUUGAACACUGUAAUGUCACAUUAAAGCCAGAAAAAUGUACGAAUAAAAAGAAAUGGUACAAAAGUGCCCUACAAGAAGCACACCUACUGUACGGAUAUUCUCCUGAUAAGAGACUGGAAGUAUGCUACCUAUCGAAACAGAAUAAAUCCAAAGCAGAUACCAAAGUUGCUAUGGUGGCCAAGAAAAGGAUGCAAGUUUCCAAAAAUGUGGUUGAAAAAAGAAAGCCUAAACUUAGGAAAAGGAAACCUCCUUUAAAAUAUUCUUUUGAAAAUGUUUGUUCUGAGGAUGCAUUAUCAAAGGAAAAUAUGGUUGUCUCUGAGACAGAAGGUUUACUGAACGAGCUGGAACAAAUGCUACAGCAAGCACUGGAGCCGACAGCAGCACCUGAGAAGUCAGAACAAGAACACAGAGAAGAAAUAAAUCCAGGAGAAAAGUUACAUAAAUGCUACCCUGAAGUUUCUGCAGGCAAUCCAUUUCAAGACCAUCCUGAAGAAGACUAUCUUGUCAUUGAUGGGGUAAAAUUAAAAGCUGGAGAAUGUAUUGAGAAUAUAACUAACAAGUUUAAAGAAAUAGAUGCUUUGAUGUCUGAAUUUUAGGGCACUAUAGAGAUUUCAAAAGUUAAUUCAGAAAACAUUGGCAUAUUUAUAUUUUUCCUGAAGUCAAACAUUGUUAAAAUAAUUAGUAAAACAGUUAUACAUUAUACAGAAGUUGAUAGUUCUAGUAAAUUCCUGUUUUAUAUUUUGAGAAUGUCCAUGAUUUUGGGUUAAAAUUUUAGAAUUAAAAGCUCUGGUAUUAUAUCUACAGAUUUUUUUGUUUGUUUUAUUUUAAAAUGGUUUAUGAAAUAUAUAUCAUAAACAUGUUUUUCAGUGAUUAUUUAAGUCCUUUAUUUUAAUGUAACUAAGUAUUAAAGUGAAUAUCCAUGCUAUUAAAAUUCUUGGAAACAAUUCAAAUAAUCUUAGAGAAUAUGUAUUUGUAGUAGAACUAGCCUAAUAUAAAAUAAAAGGAAAUAAUAAAACUAUUUUUGUGCAAUAAA